GCUGGGUUUUCGCGCAUGCGGACUUGGGCGGGCCGCGGGCCCGGCGUGUUCCGGGUGGGCUCUGCGCGGCAGCAUGUGAGUGCGGGGCCGGGGCCGGGGGCCGGGGCCGGGGCGGGAUGGAAGCCGGGAGGGUCGGGUCCGGUCGGGUCCGCGCUGACUGUCCGGUCUCUCCCCAGGCAGGCCGCCCUGGAGGUGGCGGCGCGGCACUGCCGCGGCGAGAUGGAGCAGUACGGGCGCUGCGUGGCCGCCAGCCCCGCCACCUGGCAGCAGGACUGUCACCAGCUCAAGCUCAGCAUGGCCCGCUGCGCCUCCUCCCACCCAAUUGUGCAGAAGAUCCGCCAGGACUGCGCUGAGCCCUUCACUGCAUUUGAACAGUGCUUGAAACAGAACCAGGCCUCCGUGAUGAACUGCACGGAGCACGUCAACCAGUUCCUGAUGUGUGCCGAGCAGGUGAAGCUGAUGACUUAAGGGGAUACUGAGAACGUUCACCUUCAGGUAUGAGACAAACUUUCCCAGUUGUGGAGCCUCAUUCUAAUGGUUCCUGGGAGAAAAUACAGCAUGAUACAAGUCCCCACACUCUGGCUUCCAUCAGUUUCUGGUCAUAUGCACCUGAACAACUGGAUUCACAGCAGAACAUCAGAAUGUUUCCAAUCUCUUGGCAUUUGUCAGUAUGCUGUUAGUGCUGCCUCUUGUCUCUGCUGGUCACACAGCCCUGAACAGCACCAUUAAUUAAUAAGCUACAGAAACUGUAUUAAAGUGACAAUAAAGACUCGACUCUGCACUGAGAUUGAAGGCUGAAAUUGUUCCUUAACUUGUCCUGUUUACUGUAACAUGUAUUCUUUCUUACUUCCUGCAAUAUUUAGGCACAUUAUUUCUGCGCCCCAAUAAACUAAUUCUUAAAGACUAAA